AUGAACCCGUCCCCUUCUGAAACAACUUCCCAAGAUGUGGAGCCCCCACCCCCACCCGAACCACCCUCUCCUGAUCAUGUCGGCUACAGAGAGUAUAUGGAAUGGAGCAACGUUGUGUACCACACCUCGGACUCGCCCUAUAUGUUUCUUAGGAGAUGGUGCCGUGCUCUGACUGCGAUGCGCGUUCUCAUCUUCACACACUUGAUUGCGGCUGUCGCCGCGAACCCGGAAACCCAUCAGUGGAUCGAGUCGGUCCUCCGUACAACAAACAACCUCGUGGGAGAAAUGGUGAUGGACCGGACAUACAGGAGCUUCCUCUUGUUUGAAUUCCGUCGACUCGGAUGCCCUCAGUGGUAA